GUCAUGUUAUACCGCACUGGCUCUCUCCUGCUGGUUCUGCUGGUUCUCGGCUGCCUUCAGACCUUCACCCAGGCUCAGCAUGGAACAAAUGGACCGGGUGAAUGCUGUUUUGGUUACUUCACACGGCCAAUCCCAAUAAGAGACAUUACAGGAUAUGAAGAAACCAGGCCUGACUGCUCAAAACCUGCAAUCAUUUUUACCCUCGUGGAUGGGAGACGUUUGUGUGCAAACCCAGAGGUAAAAUGGGUGGUUGGACACAUAAAAAGAAUUAACAGUCGCAACGAUAAAAGCCAAACAUAACCCCAGCCGAGUGCUCCUGACCUCUCUAUAUUUAUCAUAAAAUGCACUUUCUACUGCACUGAAAAUAUAAACCAGCUUUUCUUGAUAUUUUUUCAUAUUUUCUGCUUUAUUUUACAUUA